AAAGAAAGAGGUGAGAGAGAGGCAGGCAAUCGAGAAGAGAAAGAAAGAGGAGAGUUGAGGAAAAACCUAGAGAGAGAAAGGGAGGGAGAGAUCAGACAAGAAGUUGGGCGGGCGGCUAAAAGAGAAAAAUAGAAAAGCAAUGACGGACCAAGAGAUAUCCCAAGCUCUCCACUCCCUUCUCCACGACUACUCCACUUCCCAGUCCUCCGCCGGCGGCCCCGCCGCCCCUCUCACCUCCAUGACCGCCGUCGUCAAGCACCUCGAAUCCCGACUAGGCGUCGACCUCUCCCAGAAGGCCGAAUUCAUCCGAUCCCAGCUUCAGCAAUUCCUCUUCCAGCCUCCUCACCCGCCUUUGCCGGCGCCGCCGCAGCACCAGCAGCAGCAACCCUUUCCUCAUCCGCCCACUUACAAAGACCGUUAUGCCCCUCACCAAACCCCCAACUUCCUCCUCUCCCCCGGCUUUCCUCCUCACUCCGCCGCCGGUGCCGUCUUCUCUCCUGGCGUCACAGUGACCACUGCGGUCAAGCUGGACUCCCCUGCUGCCCUGGCUGGUUCCGCCCUCGAUUCUCCCAAGGAGAGUAAUAAGGGUAAGAGGAAGGGCGGGGCAGGUGGUUUGAACAAGCUCUGUGGGGUCUCACCUGAACUUCAAGUUAUAGUCGGUCAUCCUUCUCUUCCCAGGACUGAGAUUGUUAAGCAGUUAUGGGCGUACAUAAGAAAGCACAACCUCCAAGACCCGAGCAACAAAAGGAAGAUUAUCUGCGACGAUGCACUGCGUGUGGUGUUUGAGACUGACUGUACUGAUAUGUUCAAGAUGAACAAGUUGCUCUCUAAACAUAUCCUUCGUCUUGAUCCCCCAAAAGAGGCCAGUGCGAAGAAGCAAAAGGUAGGGGAUGAAGAACAGGAGUCUCAAGGUACACAUGCUGCGCCUGUUCCUUCUGCAGGGAUACCGGAUGAAGAAAAGGAGCCUCAAGGCACACAGGCUCCUCCUGGACCCUCUGUGGGGAUAUCUGAAGAACUUGCAAACUUUUUUGGUGUUAGUGAGAGGGUGAUGCUUCAGACAGAGCUUUUUUCUCGCCUUUGGGCUUACAUCAAUGGAAACAGUUUGGAGGAUCCUCAUAACUCAAUGGUGAUACAAUGCGACACAAAGCUUCAGGAGCUUUUUGGUUGCGAAAGUCUCCCAGCCUCAAAGAUCCCGGAAGUUCUGUCCCAGCAUCAUAUAUUUAGAACAUGAUUGCUGGGAACUGAUGGCAGGCUAUCAUCGAUGCAGCACCUUAUUACGACUCUGUGAAUGUGGUAGAAUGUCUCUCUGUGACUUUGCUUAUUGCUCCAAACUCAAGUCUACUAAUAAACGCGAAUGUACUGUUGCUCGCGGGAUGCAGUAAUCUGAGGCGGAACCUCUUUAGAUCAGAUAUAAGUUAAACUGUUGGGGAGUCUACUAACUCCCUGAACAGUGCUAGAUCCUAGCUGGGCAAGAAAUGUAAUUAUUGGUAUCUUGUCCCCUUGUAGUAUAUUGUUGGCUUGGUUUAGGUUUGUGCUGUUGUAUUGCUAUCCUGUAUGUGGUAGGGACUAGGGAGUAUGGGCAAAGGAAUUAACCCUCCACUUCUGUAGAACAGAUCAUUACCAUGUAUAUGUGACUGAGCUUCUGCUGUGUAUCUAUUGCUUAAGUUCAUAGUUCAGCGCCUUGGACUGAGAUUGCUAAUCUAGAGUGUAACUGGACUGUAAUGUUCUUAUCCUUGAGUUUUCGGAGAU